UCCCAGCCCUCACACUCAAGUCGAAGAGAAACGACUCUUCCGACCCACUGGUUGUUUCUCCCUAACCCUACGCGGCGCGUCUGUUUAUCCUGUGAUUUUUCAGAAAAAGACGAACAGCCAUGGCUGCCGUUACAUCCCAAGUAGCUUUCCCCGCAGCCUACACAGCCGCGCCCGCCGCUCGCGCUGCAGCCUGCUCUGCGCGCGUUUCUCUCCGCACGCCGUCCUUCUCCGCGCAAGCCCUCCCCGCCGUGCGCGCAUUCCCCGCGCGGGUGGAGCGCGUGGUCGCUCCGCGCGCGGCGGUGGCGGAGGCGGGGAGCGAGGCGGCGGCGGAGGAGCCUAAGAAGGUCAAGGUGCUGUCGGUAAAGGAGGGCAACCAACGACUGCUCCUUAAAUUCGUCUGGCUCG